ACCGAAUUAAACCUACUUUGUCAUCCCAUAUUUCUUCCCACCCCAGACCACCGCCAUGAUCCCUCCACACUCCUCCUCCGCCUAAACACCCACCCGCGAUGUCGUUCAUCGAACGGUCCACCGUCCGCGUCGAGCAGCAACGACCGCCUGCUCUCCGCCGCCGCCGGCCGCUGCCAUUCUACCUCCGCCACAACCUCUGUCUACAAAUCAUCGCCGUGCUCGCCUUCGUCGCCGCCGUCCCGCUCUGUCUGUACGUGUCCCGGUACGCGGACUGGGACGCCGAGUACUGCUCCUGGCCGCCGACCCACGAGCGCGACCAGGACCGCGACCUGCGCAUGCUGCUCUAUGGCGAUCCGCAGAUCCGCGGCAACGGACCGCGGGGCCACGACCCCGACCUGCGCACGAAGCUCGACAUCUUCGGCAACGACCAUUUCCUCGGGACCGUCUACCGCACGCUCGCGAAACAGCUCAAGCCGACGCAUAUCGUUGUUCUCGGCGACCUGAUCUCGAGCCAGUGGAUCGACGACGCCGAGUUUGCCCGCCGCGCACGCCGCUUCCGCAACCGCAUCUUUGAGCACCCGCUUAAAGGAGCAAAGGGCGCGCCGCCCGUGUUUUGGAAUCUGUCGGGAAACCACGACAUUGGCUACGCGCACGAGGUGACCGACGACCGCGCGCGCCGGUUCGAGGAGCAUUACGGGAAACUCAACUUCGCUGUCUACGCGGACGGGUACCGCGCGAUUGUCUUCAACGCGAUGUCGAUCGACGGUGAUCCGGACGACAGCGAGUACGGCCAGAGCAGGCACACGCUCGAGACGCGCGAGUUUCUCAAGCAGCAGAUGGAGACCGAGUUUUGGGGCACGACGAUCCUGUUUAUGCAUGUGCCGCUGCACAAGGAGGCCGGAGUCUGCGUCGACGAUCCGUACUUCUCGUACUAUGAUCCGGACUCGAGGCGGUUGAUUCGCGAGCAGAAUAUGUUGUCGCCAGAGACAAGUUCGUGGCUACUCGACGGAUUCUUCACCGACGGUGGACACGGCUUCGUCGUCAACGGACAUGACCACGAAGGCUGUCUUGUGAAUCACAUCAAGCUUAUGAACGGAUGGGUCGCCGAGCCUAUAUCGAAGGGGAAAACAACCUACCGACACUCGUUCUCGCCCGAGCCUGACGAGUCUGUUGUCGAGAUCACCGUCCGAAGCAUGAUGGGCCAGUUUGGCGGUAACGUAGGCUUACUGAAAGGCUUUUAUCAGGAGAACAACGACGACGUCACAAAAUUCACAUUCUCGCUCUGCACAUUCGGCCCGCAACACACCUGGUGGGCAGCAACAAUCACCUUCUACCUCGCGCUCAUCGCCGGCAUCCUCUCCUUCAUCGUCUUCCCGCUCCUGAUCAUCAACCGCCCGCCCCUCUACACCCGCUCCCGCCGCGAAUCAAGCCCGCUGCUCGCAAGCGAAAUCAGCAUCUUGCAGUCCUUUUCAGCCGCGGCGAAUAGAAUCGCAAAGUUGCCGGCGGCGGCGGAGACGGCGGGCGCGAGGGGGAAGUUGGAGUAAAAAGUAUUUGUAUAUAGUUUGUGUGUCUGUGUAUAGUUGGUGUUUGGCUUUUGUGAAUAUAGAUGGAGUUAUGACGGAAGAGUUAUAUGGCUGAAGAAGUUCAAUUCAGCUUGUACUAUACUAUAGUAUUACAACAAACGGGGCGCUCUUCGUAUACUGGCAGUAUACUAGCAGCCCAAAUAUUACCAAACAAAAGAAGCAAAACACAGAAACCCAGACACAGAACCAGCCAGGAUCACAGGUCGAGUCAGCGGCAGACAAACAGACCGCUCAGAGAGCUAUCAAAGAGACUAUCAAAGAGUUAUCAAAGAGACUUCACCCCAGCCUGCAUAGUCAACAACGCAUACUGAAACGCAUCAUGAUCCACCACAUCAUUGAGAGACCACACCCCG